AUCUUUGCCUCUCUCCCUUUCCCUUCGUCUCUUCGUACUUUCCUUCUUCACGGUCUCAUCAUUCAUUCUCCAAGGUUCAAAUGGUCGCGGUAAAGGAGGGAUCUACGCAAUUCGUCCAGUUCUGCAUUCAGUACUCUAGCCUGGCGCUAUUGUACUAUGAUUAUAUCCUCACGUUCCCGCUCGAGCUACAGUAUAUGUGGCGGAGUAAAGUGAAGAUAUCGACCGUGUUCUACUGGUUCUGCCGAUAUGCCCUUCUGGCAAACCUGUUCUACUUGUUUGCGAUCGAGAAGGUUGUGGACAAUUGUAAAGGAUGGUAUCAGUUUGAUGGCUACUUGAGCAUUGCUGGUCGCGGCGCUGUUUUGGGUGUUUUUGGGUUCCGUACAUACGCCGUGUGGAAUAAAAGCAAGCUCGUUUUAGCUGUGAUGAGCUUUCUAUGGGCAGUCGUCAUCGCCUUAGAUUUUUGGCAUACGACAGGAGACAAGUGUUCAGGCGGUACGGCUCCGGAUAUUGUCGUCGCUAAUACUGCUCUGUCAAUCGUCGUCUGCGUUUUUGAGUGUACUGGUACUGUUCUGUUAGGAAUACGGUGUCUGAAGGCACGUAGAGCGUUCAAGAAAAGCAAUCAAUCGCGCCCGAACGACGAUAUCAUGAGUUUCAUGCUACGUGAAGGGCUUGUUUACUUCUUUGGUGUAUUUGGGUUCACGUUUGCUGCGGUGGUCUUGAACUUCGAAGCACCCACCGGUUUCUUGGGAAAACUUCUAAACGCUCUAACACUACCUGUAUCUGGAAUACUGUCCGCUAGGUUGCUACUUUACCUGCGUCAACACAACCACCGGCAGAAGGAGCUGGCAAUGCGGGGCAGUCAAGCACGUACAUUCACGAACGCUGACGGCGAAGAAAUGGACGCGUUGCCCUCCUUCCAUGCGGCGACGAUGACAAGCUUGGAUGGUACCAGGAGCAUAUUUGCGUCGUCAAACGCAGAUACCUAUGGAGAAGGCGAGUUUGGUGGGGACCCUGUUGCCGGCGUCCUUGCGGAGCUAGCGGGCGGCAAGAGCAGCGAGGGAAAGAAGGCCGAGGUCGGGGGAUCUUCUCGAGACAGCUCGUACGAUGGUGGCGAUGAGCUGAAUAUUAACGUUGAGCCAAGGCAAAAGCAAGACGCGGAAAUGGGUCAGCCACAACCACAAAUGCGUGAGGUUAGGGGCGUCGAGUCGAAGGCCGGCUCAGCAGGAACCUCCCAUGGAGCUGAAGGGAGUUCUGAUAAACAGGGCAAGACCAGGGAAAUUUAAUUUAAAUUAGCUAGUUCGAGGUUAUUACUCUGUACUGUAAAUCAAAGGGUUGUACCUUAUUUACUUAUGUAUUUAUUCCAAAUGUUU